AUGGCUAGGAAGCUACUGUUUAAGGCGUUACAACGUAGCAUAUUACAUAAUAACAACUUUAAUGCAUCAAGAAGACACCUUUCUGUGGCAAGAAGUUCUGCCACUUCUGGUAAUGGAUAUAUAGCCCAAGUCAUUGGUGCCAUUGUGGAUGUCAAAUUUGAUGGUUCUCCGCCUCCGAUUCUAAAUGCACUGACGAUAGAUACCAAGGAAGGCAAAUUGUCGUUAGAAGUUGCCCAACAUUUAGGCGAUGGAAUAGCAAGGACUAUUUCUAUGGGCCCAACUGAAGGACUUAUGCGGGGUCAGCCCGUUAUUGAUACUGGAGCGCCUAUAUUAGUCCCAGUAGGGGAUUGUACCCUAGGCAGAAUCAUGAAUGUUACAGGAGAGCCAUUGGACAUGUGUGGGCCAAUGAAUGAAAAGAAGAGGUUAUCUAUACACAGGCCAGCUCCACAAUUUGCCCAGCAAAUGACAGAUGAAGCUCUUCUUAUUACUGGGAUAAAAGUGGUAGAUUUGCUAGCUCCCUAUGCCAAGGGAGGGAAGAUCGGACUUUUUGGUGGUGCUGGUGUCGGCAAGACGGUUUUGAUCAUGGAACUGAUUAAUAAUGUGGCCAAAAAGCAUGGCGGUUACUCUGUUUUUGCAGGUGUAGGUGAAAGGACGAGGGAGGGUAAUGAAUUGUACCAUGAAAUGAUGGAGACAGGUGUUAUAAAGAAAAAGGCACUAGGUGGUGGGAAGUUUGAUUUCAGUGGAUCUAAAGCAGCGCUGGUCUAUGGACAAAUGAACGAGCCACCUGGGGCCCGUGCUAGAGUGGCACUAACUGGAUUAACAGUCGCAGAAUAUUUCCGUGACGAACAAGGACAAGACGUGUUGUUGUUUAUUGAUAAUAUUUACCGAUUUACUCAGGCAGGGUCUGAGGUUUCAGCCUUGCUAGGCCGUAUACCUUCAGCUGUGGGAUACCAGCCUACAUUGGCAACAGAUCUUGGCUGUUUACAAGAACGAAUUACUACGACCAAAUCUGGUUCAAUCACCAGUGUACAAGCUGUGUAUGUGCCAGCAGAUGAUAUUACUGAUCCAGCGCCUGCCACAACUUUUACUCACUUGGACGCUACUACUGUACUUAGCAGGCCAAUUGCUGAACUCGGUAUUUAUCCAGCGGUAGACCCGUUGGAUUCAACAAGCCGUAUGCUAAGCGCGAACAUUGUGGGAAAUGAACACUAUAGUGUAGCCCGUUCCGUGCAGAAGAUACUGCAAGAUUACAAAUCGCUUCAGGACAUUAUUGCCAUUUUGGGUAUGGAUGAACUGUCGGAACAAGACAAAAAUAUAGUAGCCCGAGCAAGGAAGAUGCAAAGGUUCUUAUCACAGCCAUUCCAAGUGGCGGAAGUUUUUACUGGUAAACCGGGAAGAUUUGUGGAAUUGGAAGAUACAAUUGCCGGGGCACGAGAUAUAAUUGCGGGUAAUUGUGAUGAGUUUCCCGAGAUGGCAUUUUAUAUGGUAGGAGGCAUUGAGGAGGUGAAGCAGAAGGCGAUGGACAUGGCUGCUGAAACAUUGUAG